AUCACAGCGUUUCCUAAAGCUCUUCGCAUUUCAUUUAAAUCUACCGUUACUUGUUUUUUUUUUUUGUUUGUUUAUUUUAUUUUAUUUUAAACGUGGCCAAUAGCGCUACGUUGCACAAGCGAUCCGUUAAACGUACUGACAAAUACGAACAAACGUGGCUGGAGCCUUCCCGUCAAAUAUAGUUCAUGGCAUAUUGUCUGUAGUCCAGUUUGACUGAAUAUUUUCGUCCGAGUCCUCAACCGUCUCAUUAAUAUGCGCACCGCUUGCUUGUCGUUCAGGCAGCCAUACGCUGGUCUCGUAUUGAACGGAGUAAAGUCUGUAGAGACCCGGUGGCGCCCUCUGCUGGCGGACCUCAAGAGCUGCACUCUUGCUAUACAUGUCGCCCAGGCAGACUGGGAAGGCGAUGAGUGGUCAAACAUCCUUACGCAGAUGUUUGGAAUGAAUCCUCGGCAAGUUGAAGAGCUUCUAGAGUCUGGGGAAAGAUUCGGGAGGGGUGUUGUUGCAGGUCUUGUAGAUGUUGGGGAAACCUGGUACUGUGCGGAGGACUUACCCCCAGAGGAAAUGAAAGAGCUGGAGAAAGCAGCUUGCCUGACAGGACUUCAACAGAAAUACCUUACGACACUGUCAAACCCACGUUGGCUCACAGAGCCACUCUAUGUGAGAGGGCAUAAAAAUGUGUGGACAGUUAACAUCCCAGAACGUCUGCUGCCCUUUGAUGAACAAGAGUAAUGGAAUCCAGUGGAGCUAUAGCAGCGACUCAUUGAGACAUGCAGUGUUUUCAGUUUUUUUUGAAUAACUAGUGAAGGAUUGUAUUAAAGAUCUACGCUGCUAUUUUGUCUGAACAUUCGACUUGUGUAACAAUUCAUUUGAUGAGACCUGAAUCAUUUCCACUGCCAAAAAACAAAUAUGCAUUGAAAACCAACA